AUGGCGCCCAUUUUCCAGAGCGCAGCCCUGUGCUUCAUGGCACUCUGCGGACUGAAGUCUGCAUAUGCUGCUGAAGAAGGAACACCGUCACCUUCGCCGGUGGCAGCAGGAGAGGACGCCUACCUUGCCCUGAACUUGGCUCGGCGGGGAGGGCUCUCAGUUCGGCUUAAUGCACUGACAAAGCAGCAGACUAUCGUUGACACCGUUGUCGCAAAGCUCACAACACUGGCCGGCGAUGAUUGCGGACAAGUCAAUUCCGUGACUUCUGCAACAGUGAGUCUCAGAACGACUUACCCGAAAGAUGGAAAAUUCACUGAGGCUCCCUGGAACGACACCCAAGUCGUGAACAUUCUGCACGUUCUCUGGUCCGCCAGCACAGAAGUUGGCUGCGCCGUGACCACGAAAUGCACGGACAAGCAGCUGCUUGUUUGCCAAAUGACCCCGAAGGGCGGAAAUGGUGUUCCUUUCAGCGAGGAGUUCUACAAGGCCCUGGUGUCCAGGACCGACUCCAUUGAAUCUAUGACUGAAGCCGACCUGAAGACUGGCUCGAACUCCGGAUCUGCCGCAGUUCCUUCAGUUCUGCUUGCGGGUCUUGUUGCAAUGCUAGCAACAGCAGCAGCAUAA